UCCCCCCCCACUAAAAAUCAUAGUCUUAGGGCAGUGCAGGAGAUCUCAGUAAAAUGCCCAUGGGCUCCCUGCCUGUGCUGGAAUUAAAACUUUAGCCCUGCACAAAGUUUCCCAAAGUUGCUUUGUGUAGAGUCACCAAGGGGGCUUUGCUGAGUUUCCUCCCCUGGGUCCCAGGUCAUUAAGCACCGGUGCUGCUGGUGGGAGUAAAUAGACAUGAGCGAGGAGAAGGCAGGAGGCUGCUUGUACAUGGGAUAAGGACACUGCUCUCAGCAUUUGUGGAAUUCGCUGCAGCCGGAUAGAGUUACUACUGUACAAUGGCUUUACCUUGCGCCAGCUGGCUUUCCAAUGAAGCCCUGAAACACCUCUUCCUGCUGUCCUGGCUGGCGCUCAACAUUUGGCUGUUCUGUAAAACCUUUACGGUGUAUUACAGCGGACCCCAGUAUUUUUAUUUACACCAGAUGUUGGGGUUAGGGUUGUGUGUGAGCCGAGCCUCCGCGUCCGUCCUCAACCUCAACUGCAGUCUGGUCCUCUUGCCCAUGUGCCGCACUGUCAUUGGCCUGCUCCGGAGACCCAAAAUGGUCUGGAGCAGGAAAACCAGAAGGAUGUUGGACAAACACAGAACAUUCCAUGCUGCUUGUGGCUUCGCAAUAUGUUUAUUUUCUGCUGUACAUGUUGGAGCUCACGUGCUCAACGCGGUGAACUUUUCAGUGAAUUACAACCAUGAAUUUACUGUGUUAAAUGUUGCACGCUACAAAAAUGAGGAUCCCAGAAAAAUCAUCUUCACUUCUGUUCCUGGAGUGACCGGCGUCCUCAUGGUGUUGAUUCUAUUUCUCAUGUGUACAGCUUCUACUUCUUCAAUCAGGAGCUCCAAUUAUAGCAUCUUUUUGCACACCCACAACCUUUUCUUCAUCUUCUACCUGUUUGCUGCUGGUUCAUUGCUUGUGCUUUUCAGGCAGUAG